GAAGAAGAAAAACUUCCGUUCCCUUAUUCACUCAAAUCAGACAUUUUUAAACAGUCAACCGUUUGGUGAGUUGAAAGUGCAGACAUGCGCGGGGUUGUGUUGUUAGCGGUGACGGUGCUUUCUCUUAGCCCGAUGAUGGUGUGCGGGUCCGAGAAGAAAAAACUGCAAAUCGGCAUUAAGAAGCGAGUGGACAACUGUCUCAUUAAGUCCAAGAAGGGAGAUGUGCUGAACAUGCAUUACACGGGCAAACUGGAAGACGGCACCGAGUUUGACAGCAGCGUUCCCCGCGACAGACCUUUCACCUUCACGCUGGGCACCGGGCAAGUGAUUAAGGGUUGGGACCAAGGCCUGCUCGGCAUGUGCGAGGGCGAGAAGAGGAAGCUGGUCAUCCCCGCGGAGCUCGGCUAUGGCGACCGGGGAGCUCCACCAAAGAUACCCGGAGGAGCGACGCUCAUCUUCGAGGUGGAGCUGAUCAACAUCGAGAGGAGAUCUGAACUUUGAUGAAGGAUGGCGCCUUAUGGAGGAGCUAACAUCUUUUGGGGGUCCAUUGACACUGACCUGGCCUGACAUUAAGGAUGUGAAUCUCCCUGCAGAGCCAUUACUUUGCUUUUUGUGUUCUACUUUAUUGGAUACAAAAAAAUCACACAAUUCCCAUGAAUUUUAAAUCCAUGGGAAUGUAAAAUUCCCAUUAACUCACCUGUCAUUAGCAGGUAUAUUUAGAUGUGUUCUUUUUAAAGGCCUACUGAAAUGAGAUUUUCUUAUUUAAACGGGGAUAGCAGAUCCAUUCUAUGUGUCAUACUUGAUCAUUUCGCGAUAUUGCCAUAUUUUUGCUGAAAGGAUUUAGUAGAGAACAUCGACGAUAAAGUUUGCAACUUUUGGUCACUGAUAAAAAAGCCUUGCCUGUACCGGAAGUAGUGUGACGUCACAGGUUGUGGAGCUCCUCACAUCUGCACAUUGUUUAAAAUCAUGGCCACAAGCAGCGAGAGCGAUUUGGACCGAAAAAGCGACGAUUACCCCAUUAAUUUGAGCGAGGAUGAAAGAUUUGUGAAUGAGGAAAGUGAGAGUGAAGGACUAGAGGGCAGUGGAAGCGAUUCAGAUAGGGAAGAUGCUGUGAGAGGCGGGUAGGACCUGAUAUUCAGCUGGGAAUGACAAACGGUAAAUAAACACAAGACUCUAUUAGCCACAACACAACCAGGCUUAUAUUUAAUAUGCCAGAAAUUAAUCCGCAUAAUAAACACCUCCCCCCUUCCGUCCAUAUAACCCACCAAUACAACUCAAACACCAGCACAACACACUCAAUCCCAAAGCCCAAAGUACCGUUCACCUCCGUAAAGUUCAUACAGCACAUAUAUUUCCCCAAAAUUACGUACGUGACAUGCACAUAGCGGCAUGCACAUAUGGGCAAGCGAUCAAAUGUUUGGAAGCCAAAGCUGCGUACUCACGGUAGCGCGUCUGCUAUCCAACUCAACCAGGAGGCUUUAGAGCUUUCUUCUUUGCUGUCUUCAUUGUUCAUUAAACAAAUUGCAAAAGAUUCACCAACACAGAUGUCCAGAAUACUGUGGAAUUUUGCGAUGAAAACAGACGACUUAAUAGCUGGCCACAAUGGUGUCACAAUAUGUCCGCGCAAACGUCAUCAUACCGAGACGUUUUCGGCAGAAUAUUUUGCGGGAAAUUUAAAAUUGCACUUUACUAAUCUAACCCGGCCGUAUUGGCAUGUGUUGCAAUGUUAAGAUUUCAACAUCGAUAUAUAAACUAUUGGACUGCGUGGUCGGUAGUAGUGUGUUUCAGUAGGCCUUUAAUUAAAGUAAUUUUCUACAUAAUACUGUAUGCCAAAUGUUUUUCUAUAUGUUUGAAUAAUGAUCAUAAAAACUACAUUUGGAAA